ACUUCUUCAGAAUCAGAGCUCAAACUCGAAAGUGUAUCUGUGGGUGGGACUUGGAAGAAGGGGUGAGAGAGAUGGGGAGGAGGAUACUGAACGAUGCAUUGAGAACGAUUGUGAAUGCCGAGAAAAGAGGAAAAGCAACAGCAAACCUGCAGCCUAUCUCCAACACUAUGGCUUCCUUUCUCAAGAUUAUGAAAGAUCGAGGUUAUAUCAAAGAUUUUCAGGUAUUUGACCCACAUAGAGUAGGAAAGAUAACUGUUGAACUCCAAGGCAGGGUAAAUGAUUGUAAAGCACUCACCUAUAGGCAAGAUAUCAAAGCCAAGGAAAUUGAAACCUAUAGAACUCGUAUGCUUCCAACUCAUCAGUGGGGUUAUGUCGUGAUUACAACUCCCAAUGGUGUUUUGGAUCAUGAGGAGGCUAUAAGACAAAAUGUUGGAGGUCAGGUUCUGGGUUAUUUUCAUUAAUUACCCAUCAUAUCUUCAUUUGGAUGGGACGUAUGUGUGUGAGAGAGAGAGAGGGGGACAGCUCUGUAUGUCAUUUUGGAGAAGACUUAUGCUUUUGUUUAAGGUUUAGCUUCUCAUGUACACAACAUGCUCUCUGAUUUUCAUGCAAAUUGAUAUCCAGGCUUUGGAUUUUA